AAUUGAGCGGCCACAGCGGCCGAGUCGGACGGGUCCCACCGUUCUCUCCUCCCGGAUUCCUCCUUCAUUUCGUCAUCUUAGUUCUCGUCACAGUCUCGGGACCCGCCGUCGGCUUCGCUGGCGCCCAAAGUCCGGCUCGGGAUCUGCGGCGAGAAUCCAGCGGGACGGGGGGUAGCGGACGGCCCCUGAAGGUUGGCCGGCACCGAGGGCCCCCAUCUCGGCCAAACGCCGCAGGCAAAGCCGUAGGCUUCAGGCCUAGUCCUCGGUCUUCCAUUACCCGCGGCGGGGAGGGGGGGGCAGCUGCGGAAGAAGUGAACGUUGACGAUCGUCGUCUCCCCUGCGAUCGAAGGGGGCGAACAUGCGUAGCGGUGGUGGCGGCGGCAGAAUGUGAUGUGAGCGUCGGCGCGGGCUGUGAAGGAGGAGGAGGGAGGAGGAGGUAGGAGGGAGCGGCUCUGUGAGCGGCUCUGUGAGCGCGGCGGUGAAUGCUGAAGGGACACCGCGGGGCUCACGGCUGGCUCCGUGGUGGCGGUGGUGUCGGUGGCGGAGACGAGGGAGACGCAGAGACAAUGCCGUCCGCCCUGGCCGUGUUUACCUGCCGCCCGGCAUCGCACCCCUUCCAGGAGCGCCACGUCUACCUGGACGAGUCGGUCAAGAUCGGCCGCUCGGUGGCGCGAUGCCGACCGAGCCCCAACAACGCCACCUUCGACUGCAAGGUGCUGUCGCGAAACCACGCACUGCUGUGGUUCGAGAACGACAAGUUCUACCUGCAAGACACCAAGAGCAGCAACGGGACGUUCGUUAACAACCAGCGGCUGAGCAAAGGCUCGGAGGAGAGCCCGCCCUACGAGAUCCUCUCCGGAGAUGUCAUCCAGUUCGGCGUGGACGUCAUGGAGAACUCGCGGAGGGUGACGCACAGCUGCAUCAUCUCGGCCGUGAAGCUGUUCCUGCCGGACGGCGCGGAGACGCGGAGGAGAACCGAGGUAUCGGUCUCCGCGAUGACGCUGGAAAAGGUCUCUGCGUCGCAAGCCAAUGCCUACUCCCAAGAGCUCUACCAGAUUUCGCAGUGCCUCAAGGAGGCCCUCCACAGGGAGCAGAUGCUGGAGCAGAAGCUGGCAACGCUGCAGCGCAUCCUGGCCAGCACCCAGGAGGCAUCCGAGAGCAGCUGGCAGGCGCUGAUGGACGAGGAUCGGCUGCUGUCCAGGUUGGAGGUCCUGGAGAGUCAGCUGCAAGCGCACGCCAAGAACCAGACGGAGGAGUCCCUGCGCAAGGAGCUGACGUCGCUGCUGGAGGACAAGCUGAGCUACGAGACGACGGCGAAGGAGUCACUGCGCCGCGUGCUGCAGGAGAAGCUGGAGGUGGUGCGCAAGCUCUCCGACGUCGAGAGGGCGCUGAGCAACACGGAGGACGAGUGCUCGCACCUCAAGGAGAUGUUCGAGAAGUCCCAGGAGGAGGUGCUCGACAUCGCCCGGUGCCACACGGACGCCCAGGAGAGCGUCAAGGAGCUCACGGAAAAACUCCGGGUGUCGGAGGAGCGGCAGGAGGAGGCGGUGGCGCGGGGCGGCGAGGAACGGCGCGAGCUGCAGGCCCAGCUGGAGGAGCUGGAGCAGAAGGAGAGCGCCCUGCAGGCCCGCGUCGAGGCCCUCACCGCCGACAACGACUUCACGCGCCAGCAGCUCGCCUCCGUCAAGGCGCGACUGGAGCAGAUCCAGGAGAAGAGCAGCCUGAAGGAGGAGAGCGCCUCGCUCGACGACCGGGUGGACGACCUCUCCUCCAAAAUCAACGGCAGCAUCGACGAAGAGCACGUAGCACCACCCGGCGUGGACUCCUUCACGGAGCUGGUGCAGCAGAUCGUACAGCAUCAGAUGAAGCUGGGAAUCUCCAACGACUCGAACCCUUCGAUGGAGGCGGAGAUGAACGACCUGCAAGCCAAGCUGAGGGCCCUGGUGGAGGCCGCACAGAGGAAGCUGGUCCCGUCCACCCAGGACGGAGUCUGCUCAGAGCCGGGCACCCCAGGAGCUGAGCCACACUCCAAUGACCAGUCGGCAGCCGUGGAGACCCUGAGAGAGGAGCUCGGCCACACGAGACAGCAGCUGUGCCAAGCCAACUCGGAGAUCCAGAGCCUCAAAGGGCGACUGGAGGAGCGCGAGGCCGCCGCCUGCGAGGAGGACACCGUGUCCAGCUGCUCAAGUUCUUCACGUGAAGACACGGAACCUCAGGACAGACUCGCGCCAAUAGCCGAGGAGCCGGGCACCGCCCUCGGGGAGAUGGAGCGGCUUCAGGAGGAGCUGAGCCGGGCGCGCGACGCGGCGCAGUCCGGCAAGGAGCAGAUGCGGCAGACGCUGGCCACCGUGGAGAAGGACCAGCUUGAGAGCAAGGCCAAGGUGGAGGGGUACCUCAAGCAGAUUCAAAGGUUGCAGGAGCUCCUGGUGCAGGCGCAGGAGGAGCUGUCGGGGUUGCAUACGCAGCAGAAGAGCGAGCGGGAGGAGGCUCAGUCGCGCCUCGCGCGUGCGCACAGCGACAACGCCGACCUGCAGCGUCGCAGUCGAGGCGCACAGGCCGGACAGCACGACCAGACGGCCGCCCUGGAGAUGGAUCUGAGGCGAGCACGGGAGGAGCUGGAGAGGCUGCAGGCCGAGGUCGUGCGGCACCGGAACGAGACUGCGGCGCUGCGCCAGCAGGUGGAGACGCGCUCGCUCGCCCUGCAGCAGCAGCACCAGCAGGAGAUGGCGCAGCUCAGGGCCGAUCUGGCCGGAGCCCAGGAGGAGCACCGGGCGGCCUUGCUCGAGUCCGGCCACCAGCUCCGCGUGUCUCUCGCCGAACGGGAGGAGGCGCUGCGCAGCCUGGAGGUUCAGCUGGCAGCGCAGCAGCAGCGGCUGCAGAGCGAACUCGAGGCCGAGCUGGGCCAGGCCAAGGAUCGCACACAAGCGCUGCUCGACCAAGUGGAGGAGGUACGGGAGGAGGCCGAAUGCUGGCAGCGGAAGUUCGCAACGGCUCAGCAGCAGAAGGAAGAGCUCAGCACCCAGAUCUCGCACUUCCAGACCUCCCUGGAUGAAUCCCGCAAGCGAGCCCAACAGCAGCAGACCUCCUGGGCGAGGAUUGUUCCCGUCAUGUGCCUGGUGGUCGCCGUCACGCUCACCAUGCUCUACCGCCCGGAGUAACCGCGCCCCCCGGCGGCCUCAACGAACGACGCCCCCCCCCCCCCCAACUCUCCCGCCCCCCCCCCCCAAUCCCUGGCACGUUCACCGCGCCAGGCCCCCAAAGUCCGCCCGCGGGCCGUGACCGCGGGCCGUGUCCGCCAGGACCACGUCUUAUGCAGAAUAUAUUCCGGGUCGCCGGUAGACGGGGGCCGGUGGCGCGUGGUUCGUAGCCGCCGCAUCAGCCAGGGCCCCGCUGCAAGAGGUAUAAAAGCCGCGCGCGGAAAUGGUUUACCUGGGCCGCCAACCCGGCUGAAAUGAAGCCUCUGGCGCAAGAGGCAAACGCUCCGUCGCCUCCGGGUGACGUCGGGGGCAGCAGCGUGAUCUUUCUACGUUGAUGGCGGCCCCCCGCGGAGUCUCGGCGCUCUUUGCAGGCAGUUCCCUCGGGAUCCACGGGGCAGCCGUCCAGCCGGGGAGCUGCGCAGGAAACCCACGGGGGAGGAAUUCCUUCUUAAAUCCCCCUGGUUGGGAGAGUAAAGCACACCCCAAAAUGGGUCCCGGGGUCUAUGAAGUUUCACACACACAUACUGACACAACAACAACAACAGCUGCCAUUCGCCACUAAGUGGCGGCGAUGUCACCACGGCACUUGUGCCAGGCCAGAUGCACUCUUGAGGCUACGUGAAGUGUCGAAGCCUCGUUGGCAAGAGGUCACGGGACAGACCCAGAUGCCACGGGUUGACCGAGGCGACUGACAGAUGCACCACCAGUGCUCCCUACUGUGCCAACUUGCUGCAUUUUAGCCGCCCGGCUCUCCGCUCAUUGUUGUGAGCGUCGCCCCCUCUGGCCAUCGUUGUUGUUGGAGGGCAGCUGCCUCCCAACUGCCCAGCAGCGUCCUUCACGAGGCUCCUCCAUACACUGUAACACACUGACACACGCACACACUGACACCCACUAACAAAUGCUCGCACCUUCUGGAUUAUACUACGCACCCCCAACUUUUGUUUUAAUAUGCAGUGGUGGGGGGGGGGGAGUUUGUCCCUAUAAUCUGGUGGCUAUGAUAUAAUUGCACCUUGUUAUUGUAAAUGCAUUGGGGUACCCCUUGUCUGCUAUAUCUGUAAGUACCAUGUUCUCUGGGUUAUAAGAGGCUCCGUAAAGUAAGACUCGGUAAUGGUUUUAAGGAGAAUACGGUACUCGUGUUUCCUGCACUGCUUGACACGUGGCAGCGUUUGGACAUGCCACACAUACCAGAUUCCUCACCUGCUCACCACUCGACACUCUCCCAUCACUCACCAGACUCCAUUCACAAGCCACUUUGCAGACACCUAUGACUGGCACACAGACUGACAACAACAACAACAGCCGCCAAUCGCUACUAAUUAGCAGUGACGUCACCACAGCGCUUGUGCCAGGCUGGGUGCACCUUUCCGGCCAGACUACAGAACCGCAUGCACCCUGGCACACACUACACAGGUACAUGCAACCACAUGCGCAUCGUGCACACAGAGGCCCACACGGACUACACUCGCAGCUACAAUCACAGCUGGCGUGCACCACGACGUGAGGCUGUCUGUGCACGGGACACGCACAGGCGCACAUGCACGCACGGCCUCUGCGCCGUCACGCGCGGCCCCCGUCCGCCGGUUAACAACGAAUCGAUGCUGUAAAUAACGUCGUGACAAGUCGCGUUUGGCUACGUAGAGCCGCCGCGUUCAACGUUGCGUAGGCGGGAGGACAUUCUUACCCAACUCUGUUUUUGCACAUCCUGAUGAAAGGCAAAACACUACAGAGGCAGCGCCGACCGGCGGCCGCUUCUCUCGCGGGCCCGGCCGCCCCGCUCCCUUCACGCGGCCGUCGGGCGGGUCGGGGGGGGGGCGUGUGCGCGGCGUCCGCCCUUCACCGUGGCGACCGGUCUCCCCGUUUCCGGCGUCCAGGACCCGGCGCUGCACCAAACCCGCACGCCGCCUCGGCCCACCGAACAUCCCACCGAACAUCCCCGGCGGCCCGCGUUGUUCUCAGGCCGCGGUUGCCCUGCGCACACCGCCGCCCCCGGCCCCGUGUCGCCCGUGUUGAGGUCUGCCUCUAGCUGUGGGUGGCGGUGGCAGCGUCCGGUUCCACGUGGGAUUGACGUCCCGCUUGAGGGUAGCGUUCCAUCGGGUUUGGAGUUCCACCAGGGCCGGCGUUCCACCAGGGUUCGUGGUCUCCCGAGAAGCCGACCCUGGCCGUUAUCGGUUUCUAGCUCAGCCGAGCCCCCGGCUAGUCCCACCGUUGGGACCUCGUACGGAGAUGGUUCUCGUGCGGUUGUUGUCAACGCUGGCAUCUACUGGUGGUAGCGCUGCUGGCGGCGGCGGUUCUGGUGCUGGUGGCGGUGGUGGCGACGUUGCGGGGAGGAACGCAUGGGCAGUGUGGGCGAGUGGGGUGAGGGCGACGCGCACGGCUGCUGUCUGCUCUCGCCCACUGCUGUUGGCGCUUUGUGCUUGGGAGUUUUUGUGAAGGGCACCGUUUGUAAAUAUUCCACGGGCUGGGAUGGGGGGGGGGGAGUCGCUGCCAAUUUUUGACAAUGCAGAACACGCGGGAUUAUAAAUAUUUGUACAUUUUAAGAAAAGAAUUAUACGGAGGGCGGCGUGAAAACGGCCGUGAGCUUCAAGAGCGCAGGGCAGCUGCUGUGCAUGCGGCGUCGCUCGCGGUCGCCGCCCUCCGCGUGCCCGCGUUGUGCCGCACACGGCUCUAGGUGAAGUGGUGCGGUGGUGGACGCGACGAGAGGCGCGUCGCGGUG